UUACUAAAAUCAAAAUGGAGGGAGAUCUAUGACCUUUCUUUAUCAAUAUGCUUCGUUUAGGUGUUUGUUUUAGUAAAUCUACUACUAUCCUUACCAAGGGAACUAUUUGGACGCRUGGAUUUGGAAAUCGAGUAUAUUCAAGGGCUGCGCUAACAUCAAGUUUGUCAUGUCGAGUAAGUCACGUGCCUCUAGGAAGAAAUCCUGGGAAAAUGCAAAACUUGCAAAUGUCGCAUGAAGUUUCUGAUAGGGAAAACUGGAGUCUUGUUUAUGAAGGACCUCUUUCCAAGUCAGUCAAGUAUGUAAAGACAYUUUCUUUGACUACUGCUGCAGCAUCUCUGGUUGGUUCUCCUAUACUCGUGUUCUUUGGUAAAGAGAGCGUWCCUCUUGUUGGCAAACUUGCAAUUGCUAGUCUACUUUGCUUAGUUGGAACCUCAACAACUGUGCUUUUACACUUUUUUUCCAAGGCGUAUGUACAUAAAUUGUUCUACAACUCAUCAAAACAGUUGUUUGAAGCAGAAACGUUGUCAUUUUUUGGAGGACGACAGAGAACAMAGUUCWUAGUGAAUGACAUAGAAUUUCCUCAGGAAGAAAGUGCAUUUUCAACGUUUCAAGUAAACGGAAAAAAGUUUUUUAUUCAUCAAGAAAUGGUAGAAGCACAGCAAGUGUUGCAUUUUGUGCGUGAAUCAAAAACAUGAUCUUGUGAGGUCACACUGAAAAUGCGGUGCAACCAACUCUAAUGUUUGAUGUAGUAAAUUACAAGGACGAA